AAAAGCAGCUCGCGGGGGAGCCAAGAGCCUAAAGAACAGAAGUGCUCCUACCGCACCCGGCUGCGCGCACGUGGUCCCGGUGCGCGCCCUGCUUCCUCAGCACCGAGACCGGACUGAGAAGGAGCUGGAGCCCCGGACAGCCUGAGCUUGCACCACAGAAGCCACCCGAAGAUGCCCCACCGCAGCCUGCACGCAGCGGCCAUCCUCCUGCUCGUGAUCUUAAAGGAACAGACUUCCAGCCCAGCCUCACUCAGCGGAUCCGAGUGGACCUAUUCUGGUCCUGAUGGGGAGACGAGCUGGUCCAAAAACUACCCAUCAUGUGGAGGUCUGCUGCAGUCCCCAAUAGACCUGCACAGUGAUAUCCUCCAGUAUGAUGCCAGCCUUGUGCCUCUUGACUUCCAAGGCUACAAUGUGUCUGCCAAUGAGCAAUUUAUCCUGACCAAUAAUGGCCAUUCAGUGAAGCUGGAGCUGCCCCCAGCCAUGCAUAUCCAGGGCCUCCCUUCCCGCUACAGUGCCACACAGCUGCACCUGCACUGGGGGAACCAGAACAACCCCCACGGCUCCGAGCACACGGUUGGCGGGAAGCACUUUGCUGCCGAGCUGCAUAUUGUCCAUUAUAACUCGGACCUGUACCCUAAUGCCAGCGCUGCCAGUAACGAGUCAGAAGGCCUCGCCGUCCUAGCUGUUCUCAUAGAGAUGGGCUCCUUCAAUCCAUCCUAUGACAAGAUCUUCAGUCACCUUCAAGAAGUAAAGUACGAAGGCCAAGAAGUGCUCAUUCCAGGUUUCAGCAUUGAAGAGCUGCUUCCUGAGAGGCCUGCUGAGUACUAUCGCUACAAAGGGUCCCUGACCACACCUCCUUGCCACCCCACGGUGCUCUGGACAGUUUUCAGAAACCCUGUGCAAAUUUCCCAGGAGCAGCUUCUGGCUUUGGAGACAGAUCUGUACUGCACACGUGAGAAUGACUCAUCCCCCAGAGAGAUGAUCAACAACUUCCGGCAUGUCCAGAAGUUUGAUGAGAGGUUGGUGUACAUCUCCUUCCGACAAGACCUUACCUACGCAGGACUGAGUCUGGGCAUCAUCCUUUCAGUGGCCCUAGCCGGCAUCCUUGGCAUCUGUAUUGUCCUGGCAGUAUCCAUUUGGCUUUUCAGAAGGAAGAAAAGUAGCAAAAAAGGUGACAACAAUAAAGGAGUCAUUUACAAACCGGCCAUCAAGAAGGAGACGGAGGCCCACGCCUGAGGCCCCGGCACUCCAGGAUUCUACACAUUGUGGCUCCCUGGGCACUUGAAAUACCUGAGGGUUCUCUGGAGCUCAACCUGAAAACACCCCAGACCCUCUGAGGGCCUCUGGCUGGGCGCCUCACCAUCCUGAUGCCAUGGUCAUCCCCAGUGCAAUUGUGAAUGGGAAGAAUGUAUACUCUCUGCUCAGGUCUGCUUUUGAGACACAAUGUGUUUCCUCAGGGAAUGUGUUGUUGUCUUCCUCUGAUUUCCUUCUGCUGUGACAAAAUCUUUAGUUUGACCUUACGACUGGGAAGGUUGAGGGGUGGUGAAAAGCACAGAUAUAGGAAGGGUGAAGGUGUUCGAGACAAAAAGAAAACGAAGUUUUCUUUGAAAGAUCGUAGAGGCAUCUUCUAAAUUCUGUCCUUUAGAUCAGAAUUGACCUUAGAGAAUGAAAAGACACUUAAGAUCUGGAAGAGUCUCACUUUGGAAUCAGAAGUUGUUUGUCAAACCAGAAGGUGUGAGAAGGACCGAAUAUGAAGCCCAAGCCCAACCUCCUCUGUCAGUGGGGCAAUUAUGUUUUAGACUCCACAGAUUCUAUAAUUUAGGCUUGAAAAGGUACUGUUGCUUUCCCACUCCUAGAGCAGAUGUGAGUUCUGACAUGACCCAAACUGCUUUUGAGUCUACAGAAAAUAGGCAGAAGCAAAACGACUGAAGAGCUCUGUCU